GCCAAUGGCGCCGGGUUCGCUGGACGGGCAGCAGGUGCUGCUCGGCUUGCUCGAAGAACUGGACGCCAUCGACGGGGCGUCCUUGCACGGCUUCGACUCCAUCGGGCUAGGCUACCACCAGGUUCGGCACACGAUCGAGCUGGGCGGGGAAGUCCUGGACACGCUCUGCGUCAAAGUCAGCGACGCGGCCCAGGAGGCCUCGGCGGCGGCUGCCCAAGCUGAACUUCAGGAGUGGCGAGUAUGGGCCCAGGCCUCAGUCAAGGCUGGGGGGCGCAAGGCCCACAGGUUCAUCAAGCAGUCGCCCCAGGCCUCUGGGCCCAAGGCCCCCGAGGGUUGGGCUUUGCAGGGUGAUGGUGCAGUCGAUGCCAUGGUCGAGGAGUGGUCGCAGUACUGGGACGACGCCAAGCAGUGCAUCUCGGACCAGCAGCACGCGUUGGCGAACAACUCCGACCUUCCUCGCCCCACAGUCGAGAGGGUACGACAG